AUGGCCCGAGGCGUAGGCGACGCCGAUGAAGGGGAGUUUGAUCACUCCCAGAACGACGAGCUGCGGAUGUACGGGUUAGCCAGGGAUGAUGAGGAGGAUGAUGUCCGCGAGGACUGCGCCGAGCUAUUUGGGUGGUCUGCUGCUGAUCCCCUUCCCUGUGACCAAGAUGCGGUCCCGGUCCACGGGGAAGGGGCCGAUCCCAAUGCCGAUGGUGGCGACAUUGAGGUGGCAGGCUCCAAUCGGCCUUCUACCUCUGCUAGUAUACGUCCUGCUAUGACAUCUGAUGAGACUGCUAAACAGAAUGAUUGGUGGGCAGAUAUAAUGAAUGAUGAUUGGAAAGAUAUUCUAGACGCAACAGCUACUGAUUCACACUCAAAAAUAGCAGAAAUGAUUCCCAACAUAUUUCAUUUGAAUAGUGUUAUUGUACAUGUUAGAUUGACCACUGGAGCUACAUCACCACCUGCAGUAAACCAGUCAGCUUCAUCUCAUAGUAUGGAGAUUUGCCCUGUUGCUAGUCCUCCCAAUAGCAGCAAUGCUUCAGUUGCUAAACAACGGAUGAGAUGGACCCCAGAACUCCAUGAAUGUUUUGUAGAUGCUGUAAAUCAGCUUGGCGGUAGCGAAAAAGCUACUCCCAAGGGCGUGCUAAAGCUUAUGAAAGUUGAUGGUUUGACUAUAUAUCAUGUCAAAAGCCAUCUGCAGAAGUACCACACAGCUCGCUAUAGACCAGACCUGUCUGAAGGUACAUCGGAAAAAAGGACAGCCGCUGAAGAGCUGGUCCUGGACCUGAAAACGAGCAUGGAUCUUACUGAAGCGCUGCGCCUUCAGAUGGAAGUCCAGAAACGUCUUCAUGAACAGCUUGAGAUUCAGAGAAAAUUGCAGUUGCGGAUUGAAGAGCAAGGAAAGUAUCUGCAGAUGAUGUUUGAAAAGCAGAGUCAAUCGAGCACGGAGAAAGUCCAGGAUCCAUCCUCAAGGGAUACAGUGGCAAAAACCAUCAUCUACUCUGAACCAGUCUGCAAACAAGGAUAG